AUGGCAUACAACAGACCCUACAACCCCGACGAACUUCCAAGCUCUCCUCCCCCGACAGGCGGUCCGCGGCCGACCGCUCAGCACCGACCUCCGCCCAGCUCAAGACCACCCCCAUCUCCUGCCCCUGAUGCCUCUGGCGAUGGCGCCGACCCAACUCUUUUGCCCCUCUUCCGAGCUGUCGAUAAGGAUGGUACCGGUCAGCUUUCCGAGCGCGAACUGUCGACCGCCCUUGUCAACGGUGACUGGACUGCUUUCGACCAGCAGACGGUACGCAUGAUGAUUCGCAUGUUUGACUCGGACCGCAGCGGCACCAUCGGUUUCGCCGAGUUCUGCGGACUCUGGUCUUUUCUAGCCUCGUGGCGCACGCUCUUCGACCGUUUUGACGCAGACCGCUCUGGUAACAUCUCGCUCCCCGAGUUCAGCAACGCCCUGAUCGCCUUUCGCUACCGUCUAAGCCCCGGCUUCGUUGAGCUUCUAUUUCGCACGUACGACAAGCGCGGGGAGGGCGUCAUGUCCUUUGACCUCUUCGUUCAGGCCUGCAUCUCGCUCAAGCGCAUGACGGAUGUUUUCAAGAAGUACGACGACGAUAGGGACGGCUAUAUUACCCUUAGCUUCGAGGACUUCCUAACGGAGAUUCUCAAGCAGCUCAAGUAG